AUGUUCGACACAGGUCGAGUUGGACUGGACGUGUACACCACAACAUUCGUCGACGUUAAAGGCAUGAUUGGAGAGUACACUGGGGAGAUCAAUGUCCCAGAAACAGUCCCCGACACAGCGGCACUUAUGGAAAGAGCCAAGACUUCUCUCAUCCAAGAAAAGCAUGCGCUGGACGGAUUAAAGACACAUGAAGCCAAGAAAGAAGACACUGUAAGGCCGGUUCUAAACGGGAUCAUCAUCGGAUUAUGA